GGGUCCGGCCCCGCCUCCAAGCGCGACCCCGCCCCUCAUGCCGGGUAUCGCGCAAGCGCGCCUCCCCUGCCCAGUCUUCCCCCCGCCCCCGCCAGCCCCGCGGUCCCAAGGCGCAGGUUGCCCCCAGCCCCCUCCCUUCUCCCGCACACUCUCUGUCCCACCCUCCCUAGCUUUGUGCCGGGGGCGCGGAGCCGCUUCCCCCCUCAGCCGCGCCGCGGGAGGAGGGAGUCGUCAGCGAGGAGCUGCCGCUGGCUGCCCCAGGCAGGGGCACAGUUGCAACCGAGGCAAUGUCUUACUACCUCAACUCAGAAAACCACCUGGACCCAGGGCCCGUCUACGUGCGAGAAAAUGGGCAACUGCACAUGGUCAGUCUGGCCUUGGAUGGUGUCAGGAGUAGCCUGCAGAAACCAAGGCCUUUCAGACUGUUUCCCAAAGGCUUUUCGGUGGAGCUUUGCAUGAACAGGGAAGAUGAUACUGCACAGAAAGAGAAGACUGAUCAUUUCAUCUUCACAUACACCCGGGAGGGGAAUCUUCGGUACUCUGCCAAAUCCCUCUUCAGCCUCGUCCUGGGCUUCAUCUCUGACAAUGUUGAUCACAUUGAUUCCCUUAUUGGCUUUCCUGAGCAGAUUGCUGAAAAGCUGUUCUCUGCUGCUGAAGCCAGACAGAAAUUCACAGAGCCAGGUGCAGGGCUGAGGGCUUUACAGAAAUUUACAGAGGCCUAUGGAAGUCUGGUGCUUUGCUCCUUGUGUUUGCGAAACAGAUAUCUGGUGAUUUCAGAAAAACUCGAGGAGAUUAAGUCUUUCCGGGAGCUGACCUGCCUGGAUCUAUCCUGUUGCAAGCUUGGAGAUGAGCAUGAACUUCUAGAACAUCUCACCAAUGAGGCCCUGUCUAGUGUAACUCAACUCCACCUGAAGGAUAAUUGUUUAUCUGAUGCUGGGGUGCGGAAAAUGACGGCACCAGUUCGAGUGAUGAAAAGAGGCCUUGAAAAUCUAACAUUAUUAGAUUUAUCUUGUAACCCUGAGAUCACAGAUGCAGGGAUUGGAUACCUCUUUUCUUUUAGAAAACUAAACUGCUUAGAUAUCUCUGGGACGGGACUCAAGGACGUCAAAGCUGUCAAACACAAGCUUCAGACCCACAUAGGUCUCGUUCACUCCAAAGUGCCUUUGAAGGAAUUUGAUCACAGUAACUGCAAGACAGAGGGCUGGGCUGACCAGAUUGUUCUGCAGUGGGAGCGUGUGACUUCGGAAGCUGUGAAGCCACGAGAAACCUCGGAGCCUGGAACAGCAGCUCAGCAUUUCUAUGGGAAGCGGGCUCGAACAGAAGCCCCAGUGAAGUGUCACCUGGCAGAUGCCCACAUGAAUUCUUCUGAGAAACUCCAGUUCUAUAAAGAGAAAGCCCCAGAUUGCCAUGGACCACUGUUGAAACACGAAACCCUCUCAAGCCAGGAGUCAAAGAAGAGCAAGAAGAGAGCUUUUGAGGAGCCAGAGAAGGAACAGAGCAACUCUUCACAGUCUUCAAAGCAGAAAUAUGUGUGUCUUGCUGUGGAAGACUGGGACUUGUUAAAUUCCUAUUGAUUGGCAGAUAUAAGUUGACCUUUUUUCCCUCCAACUCUAAUGUACGAGGAAAGGGGGCUGAUGAUGUUUUCCUUUUUGUUUGAAUUUACCUAUGGCAUUAGCAUAGCAAGCGGAUAUUUCUACUUUUGUGGUGGGGGAGGGGAAUGCUAUGGAAGUAUGUAAUAAUUUCUAAUGUAUAUUUUCAAUACAUAAUAAUUUUUUCAAAUAAACGUUUUUGCUGUCCUUAGGUUCUCCUUGUGAAAAAUAGACUGGAGCCACAGGAAGUAACACUUUGGUUUGGGACGAAGGCCAUGUGAACUAACAAGGCAGCUUAGCGUCAUUUGUUACUACUCCAGUUUGGCCCAGCCUCAAGUUAAGUGAGUUGUUUAAGGUCUGGAGCUUAUAAGAACCAGAAUUUAUAUUUCUUUCUGUCCAGUUGUAAAGCCCACUCUAUUACAUUGCCUUCUUACAUAAUAGUUACCAUUCAUUAAAAUCUCAAAUAUUAGGUCUAUUAAGUAAACCACCAAGAAUCUUCACAAUAGUCCUGCCAAGUAAGGAUUAUCACCUCCAUUUAUCAGAUGAAGAACCUGAGACCAAUGACUCACCUUAGACCAGUGCUUCUCAAGCUUUAUUGUGCAUGCAGAUCACCUGGGGAUUUUUUUGGCCACGCUUCGUGGUUUGUGGGAUCUUAGUUCCCCAACCAGGGAUCGAACCCACGCCCACUUCAUUGGAAGUGAGGAGUCUUAGCCACUGGACCUCCAGGGAAGUCCCCUGGGGAUCUUUUUGAACUGUAGAUUCUGAUUCAGUAGAUCUGGAGUUGGGCUUGACAUUGAACAUUUCUAACAGGUUUCCAGAUGAUGCUAGUGCUUCUAAUUUGUGGGCUGCACUUGGAGUAGCAAGACUCUAGACCUUCAUUGUCCAGUACCGUGGCCCCUACUCACAUGUGUCCCCUGAACACAUGAAAUGUGGCUAGUCCAAAUUGAGAUGUGCUGUAAAAUGCAUACUGGAUAUCAGAUGUCAGAGUCCAAAAGUAUGAAUGAAAAAAAUCUCCAUUUUUAAGUAUUGAUUACAUGUUAAAAUGGUAAUUUGGGGGUUAAAAUAUUAAUUUCAUCUGUUUUUGUUUUUCUGAUGUGGCUACUACAAUAUUUACAUGGCUUGCAUUCGUGAUUUGCCUUAUAUUUCUGUUGAACAGUGCUGCUCUAGACCAUAUUCCAGCCAUAAAAGGUGAGCUUAAAGCAAGACUUACUGGCAAGUAAAAGGAAGGGAGAGAAUGCCUCGAGGAAUUAAGAAUAUCGGUGUGAUAGAUUUGACAUCUGGAAAUGCUCUGGAGUUUAACCAAGAUUUUAAUAAAAGUAGAUCUUGGAUCUGA